UGAUCGCAGAUGUGGAGCAUGAGCCGCAAAGAAUUUUCAAGAGAAAGGCAAUUUACAUUAAUUUAUCCGCUUAUUCGUUAUCUUCACGAAGUGAAAAUGAAAUAUUAGUGAUAAACAAGGAUUAUUUAAAAAUAACAAGCAGAAAGAGAGAGAGAGAGAAAGAGCAAAAUUUCAGCAAAACCAAGCAAACAAAUUUUUAGCGUGAUAAUCCCUCCUUGAUAAACAUGCAUGUCUUAUUUCGAGAAAGCUACGGAAAUGAAAAAGAGACGAUUUACGUAAAAUCAGAAGAUGGUUCUGGAGUGAAUGAGAUGAGAUUUAACUCGACUGAAAAGCAAUCCAUUUGUUCCCGAAUCGUGUCCAUUGUUAAAGAGAUAUUUCUGCCACAAGGAUACCCAGACAGUGUGCAUUCUGAUUACACGGCAUAUCAGAUAUGGGAUACAAUACAGGCUUCUGCGAGUACUAUAAUGAACACACUUGCAACUCAUUCUAUAAUGAUAGGAAUAGGAGUUGGAGAGUCAAAUGCUACACCUUUGGCAGCAGCAAUAACGUGGAUUUUGAAAAAUGGUGCAGGGAUGGUCGGUAGUAUAAUGUUUGCAUGGUGGAAUGGAACCAAACUGGAUGGACAAUGCAAAAAAUGGAGGCUAUUUGCUGAUAUUCUGAAUGACAUGGCAGCAGGAAUGGAAUUACUUGUGUCAUAUUUUUCAUCAUAUUCCGUUGUAAUCCUGUGUAUUUCCACCAUUAUGAAGUCUAUGGUCGGUGUUGCUGGUGGAGCUACGAGAGUAGCAUUGACUCAACAUCAGGCAAUAAGAAAUAAUCUGGCUGAUGUUGCUGCAAAAGACGGAAGUCAAGAGAUGUGUGUAAAUCUAAUAGCAUCAUUCAUUGGAAUCUUUAUAUUAUCUUUGUUCCAUGAUAGACAAUAUUUAAUAGAAUUAUAUCUCUUCCUGGUGGCAGUCCAUCUCUAUGCGAAUUAUUCGGCGGUUAAAGUGCUGUGUUUAGAUAUACUUAAUGAAGAUCGCCUGGCCUUAAUCAUUAAAUAUUAUAUGAUAAACGAACGAAUUCCUGAACCAAAGAGACUAAAUAAAGAAGAAUCAGUAUCUCUACUUGACAAUCCUACCAAAAGUAUAUGUGGAUUUAAUAUCAAAAUUGGUGUUUCAUUUGCAAGUGUCUUAAGGAAAAAUGUAAUUUCAUCCAUGGAAAUGGAAUUUUUGUUAAAGUUUUUUGAGGACAGAAAAUAUUUGAUAGCAAUAGAUGUCAAAAACCGGAAUAUAUUUGUAAUUCUUAAAAAAGAUAUACAAGCUACUGAAAUACUGGAAGCAUAUUUUUAUGCUUCCAUGUGUGGAUUUUACAUUUGUAUUGCAAAAAAAAUCCCGAUCGAUUUAUUAUUGAAAUCUGAAACAUCUGAACCAUCAUACCCAUUGCUAAAUACAUAUAUUCUUUAUAAAAAAUUUAUGGAUUCAAAUAGCAAUACGCAAUUGUCGAUACCUAUCCAAAGUAUCUGUGCUACAGAUUUAAUUGUCUCUAAUGAAUAUAAAACAUUCCUUGAGAAUCUGAAUGUAAAUGGAUGGAAAACAGAUACAAAUUUGUUAGCAGUUGGCGCUUGGAAAUUUUCCAUGGGAAUUGAAGGAAAAUAGAAAUGCAUUUAUUAAAGAUAAUAUAUAAAAAUGAUUAACUCUUUGAAAACGGUAUGUUGUUUAUAUUAAAAUAAUAUUUCUUUUUCAUAAUAUUAUAAUAAGAAAC